AUGCCUGCAAUCCCUUCUAUCACCGCGGACACGGCCAUGGCUGACUAUAUCGACCAGGAGGUCCCCACCUCCGCAUCAUUGGCUUUAUGGAUGGCCUCCUCAGAAGUAGACCAGAAGGCCCUGGGCAAUUUCGCCGCCGCAAUGGCGCUCGAAAGCCCAAUCCUAUCCACAAUGCUAUACAAGGUCCUCGGCACAUCAGUCAUGCUAUCAAAGAAGCUCCUCCGAGCUAGACGCCUGCGCCGACUAGAUACAACCCGCGAAACAAAGUCGCUGCAGCUCUACCAUCACAUCAUCUGGCUCUCCCGCGAGGGCCUCUUCAUAUUAGAAGGCUAUAUCCUCCCAAUGGUAGCGCCCUACGUCGAAUUGAAAGUCCUAUCCUACAAGCUGCGCGCCUCAUUCUACCACAUCGUCGUCCUCUUCCACAACAGACCCGUCAUCCACCCACAAGACUCCCAACCACCCCCCAACAUGAAACACGACUCCAUCUACGGUCCCGACGCCCUAACAGCCCUCCGCGCCUUCGACUCUCACCACCAAUCCCAAAAUCAAUCCCAAGAUCAAUUGAGAUCUAAAACCCGCCACCCCCCAGGCCUGGAACCACUCCAACCCGUCCAACCCGUCUCUUCGUUCCUCCUCCCCCCACUCGACUACACCGCCACCGCAACAGCCUGCUUCACCCACGCCGCAAUGCUAGCCGACAAGCUCCUGCCCGGCUCCCAUCCGCUCCGCCUGUCCGUCAAGCUGGAAUACGCCGCCUACCUGUACGACUGUCUCCAGGAUCCAAUCGCCUGUCGCCGUCUCGCAAAACGCGCAAUCGCUGAUGUAUAUAACGCGCAGGAAGGCAUGGAUGACGAGAGCUUCGAGGACGCGGCGGAGAUUGUCGGUGUGUUGGGGAAGAUGGUGAAGCGGGGCGGGAAGGCCGGGAGUAGUACGGCUGCUAGCAGUGUUUCGAGGGGCGAUAUGUCGCGGAGCAGAAGUAGUCAUUUUGAUGCGAGUGUGCCUACGACUGUGUCGCCGGUUCCUGUUACGAAGACUACGCCUAAUCCCUCUACGCCUGUUAUGGUGCCCGCUGUGCCGAAUGUGUCUAUGAUGAAUCCGAUUUGA